AUGGCUGGCAACGCCUCUGUCCUCCUCUCCGCCCUCAACACCCGGCCGUCGUCGGCCGCACACCACCCAGGCCAGGGAAGUGGAGACCCGGCGCAUGCACAGGGCACCCCGAACGAUGCACUCUCGCCCGGCAUGCAGCACGCGCAGCUCGACCCGUGGUCCAACAACGCCGGCUCGUCGUCGCACCUCCCGCUGUCCAUCUCGCAGUCCAUCAACAACCCCGGCCUGCCCUCGGGCGUCAUCGUCUCGUCCGCCGCCGUCAACGCCAUGAACGGCCUCGGCGGAGACAGGGACCCGCAGGCGGCGAUGAGUCUCGUCGGAGCAGCCUCGGGACACGGCAGGGGAGGGAGCGUCGCAGCGUCCGCGGGCGCACUCUCGCGGUCAGAGACACCAGGGUUGCCGAUCGGUGCAGGCGGAGGGAGUAGCGGCGGCGGAGGAGGCGGCAAGCUUCUCUUGCACGGCACAAGCUCCCUCAUCCAGCCAGGCAGCAUCCCCGGCGGACAGGGCCAGGGCGAGAACGAAAAGGUCUACUACCUGAUCGUCGACCUCAUGAACCCGAACACGCGCGAGGCCGCCCUCCUCGAACUCAGCAAGAAGCGCGAGCAGUGGGACGACCUCGCUCUCGUCCUCUGGCACUCGUUCGGCGUCAUGUCGGCCCUCCUGCAAGAGAUCGUCUCGGUCUACCCUCUCCUCGCCCCUCCGUCCCUCACCGCCCACGCCUCGAACCGAGUCUGCAACGCCCUCGCACUCCUGCAAUGCGUCGCCUCGCACAACGACACCCGCUCGCUCUUCCUCUCGGCCCACAUCCCGCUCUUCCUCUACCCCUUCCUCAACACGACCUCCAAGACUCGGCCCUUCGAGUACCUCCGCCUCACGUCGCUCGGUGUUAUCGGCGCGCUCGUCAAGCAGAACGAUAACAGCGACGUGAUCAACUUCCUCCUCUCGACCGAGAUCAUCCCCCUCUGCUUGCGCAUCAUGGAGACCGGGUCCGAGUUGUCCAAGACGGUCGCCAUCUUUAUCGUCCAGAAGAUCCUGCUGGACGAGGUGGGCCUCUCGUACAUCUGCCAGACCUACGAGCGAUUCUAUGCCGUUGGCACCGUCCUCUCCAACAUGGUCCAGCAGCUCGUCGAGACGCAAGCAGUCCGGCUUCUCAAGCACGUCGUCCGAUGCUACCUCCGCCUGUCCGACAACCUGCGCGCCCGCGAAGCCCUCCGAGCAUGCCUGCCCGAACCGCUGCGAGACGCGACCUUCUCCCCCUUGCUCAAGGGCGACAUGGUCACGAAGCGGUGCCUCGCGACCCUCCUCCUCAACCUCUCGGACCGAGUCGAGAACUCCUAG